UCCAGGCCAGGAUCAAGCCCACCGAUUAUUACCCCAUGGUCCUAGUCCAUGUGGGUACUAAUGAUGCGGCCAGGAGAACCCCCGAUCACCUGAUGGCGGACUACAGUGCUCUGGGUGGCGUGCUGAAGUAGUUCGGUGCACAGGUGGUUUUCUCUUCCAUCCUACCAGUGACCGGAUGAGGAAGACGGCAGGAGAACUGCAUCAGAGAGACCAACUGGCGGCUUCGGCAGUGGUGUCUCGAGGCAGGCUUCGGCUUCCUGGACAAUGACCCGCACGACGAGCACGACGAGGGACAUGCUCAGCUGGGAUGGGCUUCACCUGUCCCCCAAAGGCCCAGGGACCGUGACAGAACCCCAACAGCCAGCAUCAGAGCCACUGAUGGAGAGCAUGGAAGUGCUGGACAAGCCAAACCCUAAUGACUCUACUGAGCCCAUGGAGCCUGUGGAACCGCGGUAUGAGCUUAUGGAAGUUAUGGAGCAGGAGUAUGAACCUAUGGUGGUCACUGAAGAGGAGUACAAACCUAUGGAGGUGACAAAGCACCUCUGUUAAAGAAGAUUUGUUGCAUGACUUGUUUUGAAUCCCUGUUCAAGACAAGGCUGAAGGCUGCCAUAUAUGCUGCA